AUGGGCAUCAACUUUGGCGGAACUCUCCAUCCGUGGGAUAGCGGGAAAAUCAUCGCCUUGUUCGUUGUUUCUGGAGUUUUACGGAUUGUCUUUGCCCUGCAGCAGGCUUUCAACAUUGUCACCUCCUUUGAGAACCGCAUUCUACCAAUCCACUUAUUCACUCAGAAGGAACCAGUCCUACUUUUCGUAUCAUGUGCGACAAUUGGUGCUGUGGUCUACACCAGUGUCUAUUAUAUCCCCAUCUACUUCCAGUUUACCCAAGGCGACAGUGCGCUCAAGUCUGCCGGUCAACUACUCCCGUUCAUUUUUCUUCUCAUCACAACCAUGCCAUUUAGUGGAGCUAUGAUGUCUCAUUUUGGCUACUAUAAGCCGUGGUACAUCGGUGGUAGUCUGAUUGCCCUGGUACCAGCUGCCUUGGUAUCCUCUAUUAUCCAUGUCCACAGCUCAGCGGGAUUUAUUUAUGGACUGGAAGUCUUGCUCGGAGUCGGAGGUGGUGCCAGUACUCAAGCCUCAUUCGCAGUCAUCCAGGCUGUUGUAAUCCCAUCUGAUGCGGCUAGCGGGUUGACUCUCAUGUUACUAGCUCAAGUAGGUGGCAUGGCACUUGGUGUAUCUAUUGCCGGAGCUGUAUUUGAAAAUAUCGCAUCAAACGGUCUCUAUGCUUUACUCCCAGACUACUCGCGGUCUCAAGUCAGCCAAAUUGUCUCUGGAACGAGUAGCACACUCCUCAAUUCUCUAUCUCAGAAUCUACGAGACGAUUCGCUUGCCAUAAUUGUCUCCGCAUGGCACAAGUGUUUCAUUUGUAUAUCUGUGGCCGCGAGUGUGAGCUUAGUUGUCUCUCUGUUUAUGUCGCAUAAACGGUGCAAUGUAUCCGCUGCUGCAGGCGGAGAAUGA